AAAGAAACAAAAGAGCUUUAAAUAGUAAAUACCCGCUGAAUUGAGCCAAAGACAUCAUUUUUGGUAGACCCAUCUCUCUCUCUCUCUCUCUCUUCUCUCUCUCUCUAAAGAGAAUCUAGGGUUUGUUUGGUACAGUGAAUCUUUAGCAUCAGCUGCUGCUGCUGCUGGUGUGAGGGAAUCUGCUUCAAUUUUGGGGGAGCAUGUGAGAUCCUCCUAUUAUCAUAGAAAAGCGGGGGCAUAGUAAUCUUCCAGUAGCAUGGCGACUGAGAGUCCAAUUAGAAUGUCAGAAACUGGUGGAAACUGGGGUUCCCAUAAGAAGCCGGCAAAACUUGCAUCAUCAUCUGCUAAUAUGACAGCAGAGGAGUUGAAAUUGCUUCUGAGAGACCAUAGGUUUCAUAGCAGCAGAAAGGAUGUUGCCCCCAAUCGAAGUGGAAGUGCACCCCCAAGUAUGGAGGGCUCAUUUUUGGCCAUUAAUAAUCUGAUAUCCCAGCAGGACUCUGGCAUGACUGGAAGCUUGGCUAGUUUAACUAGUGUUAUUGAAAGGUGCGAGUCUGAGGAGCAACUGCUUUCAGAUCCAGCUUAUCUGGCUUAUUACUGUGCCAAUGUCAAUCUGAAUCCAAGACUUCCUUCUCCCCUUAUCUCAUGGGAGAAUCGACGUCUGGCACGCCAUAUCGGUAGUUUCAGUCCAAACUUGGGACCCGUUGAUGACAGUGGUAAUGGUUCAUUGCAUAUGUCUCCAGGACUACUGCCUACACACGAGGAAGAGUCAGAGGAUGAUCAGACACCUCAACAGACUUCUAAUGAUUGGGUAGAUCAGACAAGUUCUGGAGAGGAAGCAGCUCAAUUGAUAGGACAACAGAAAAAUGAAGAUUCUUGUGGGUCUACUUCACCUGUAGAUAAUCAUUCACAUACCUCAAGCAAUGGGGUACCUGAGGAGUUUAAUCAGAGUGCUGUUUCCAAUUCCUUGCAUGAUCUCCCUAGGCCCAAUGUAGAUGAAGAACGUGCAGCUGAUACAGUACUUUCACUAAAUGAUGAAGCCUCAUCCAGUCCUGUUGCAAUUUCGUCGUCUCAUGUUUAUACCAGGAGCACAGGUGUUAAUGAUGCAGGUGUUUCCCUUGUUGAAUCUGGAAUGAAGUCUCUUAAUGUAUCAAACAUGCCAGAAAAUCAAAAGAAUCAAGUACAGUGGCCGCCCAGCUACCAGAAUAAUUUCCUGCAAUACCAGAUACAGCAACAGCAAAUCAAUGCCACAUCUCAGAUAACUCCUCAAGGAGCUCACUGCACAUAUAUUGGCAUGGAUCACUAUCACCCUAAUACCUCCAAAUUUGCAGCAGAUGCACAGCCGGUACUCCAGACAUCAGGGUUCGCACAUCCACUUUAUGCAAACUCAGCAGCCUACACGAGUGCAACACAUCCGUAUUAUUCAAAUUUUCAGGCACAGAGCUUUGUUUCUCCACAAUAUGUAGGUGGAUAUGCUUUAAACCCCCCUGGUUUUUCUCCAUAUGUUGGUGGAUAUCAUCCUCCAGGGGCUGUUCCUGUUGUUGUUGAGGGAACUGUGGGUUCAAGCUUUAAUACUCGAACAUCUGCGGGAAGCAUUUCACCUGGGGCUGAUGUGCAACAUAUAAGCAAGUCAUAUGGGCAGCCUGGGUUUCCUCUGCAAACUUCUUAUUCCGAUCCUAUGUAUAUGCAAUACUAUCAACAGCCGUUUGUGGAGUCAUAUGGUGUUUCUGGCCAGUAUGCUCCAUUGGCAUCUAGAGGUGGUCUUGACUUAAACAAAGUGUCCAAUCAUGCCGCUAGUUUGGAUGACCACAAAAUCCAACAUCCGAGGAAUGGAGGGCCGGGGAAUUUGAACUCACAAAGAGGACCAGUAAGUGCCAGCUAUUAUGGAAGUGCACCAAAUGUUGGUGUUUUGAUGCAGUAUCCUACCUCACCCCUAAAUAGUCCUGUUCUGCCAACAUCAUCCAUAAGUUCAGGAAGAAAUACUGGCUUAUAUCAUGGAUGGCCAGGGCACCGAGGCUUUGAGAGUCUUCAUGACCCCAAAAUUUAUAAUUUUCUCGAGGAGUUGAAAUCUGGCAAAGGCCGCAGAUUUGAGCUAUCUGAUAUCACAGGACAUAUUGUUGAAUUUAGUGCUGAUCAACAUGGGAGUCGAUUUAUCCAGCAGAAGUUGGAAAACUGUAGUAUUGAAGAGAAGGCUUCUGUAUUCAGAGAAGUUCUCCCACAUGCUUGUCAAUUAAUGACUGAUGUUUUUGGUAACUAUGUGAUUCAAAAGUUUUUUGAAUAUGGAAGCCCUCAGCAAAGGAAGGAUCUUGCCAAUCAACUUUCAGGCCAAAUUUUGCCUCUAAGUCUGCAGAUGUAUGGCUGUCGUGUAAUCCAAAAGGCACUUGAUGUGAUUGAGCUUGAACAGAAAGCAAGGCUUGUACAUGAGUUGGAUGGACAUGUUAUGAGAUGUGUUCGUGACCAAAAUGGAAACCAUGUCAUACAAAAGUGUAUUGAGAGCAUCCCAACAGAAAAGAUUGGGUUUAUAAUAUCUGCUUUCCAUGGUCAAGUUGCAGCACUUUCAAUGCAUCCCUAUGGUUGCCGAGUUAUACAGAGAGUUCUGGAGCAUUGUACAAAUGAGUUGCAAUGCCAGUUUAUAGUUGAUGAGAUUUUGGACUCUGUGUGUGCUCUUGCUCAGGACCAGUAUGGCAAUUAUGUCUCCCAGCAUGUAUUGGAGAGGGGGAAACCUCAUGAAAGAAGCCGAAUUAUUAGCAAGUUGUCGGGUCAUAUUGUACAGCUGAGCCAGCAUAAAUUUGCAUCCAAUGUUGUUGAGAAAUGUUUGGAGUAUGGUGACGCUGCAGAACGAGAACUGUUGAUAAGGGAGAUUGUUGGCCCUAAUGAUGGAAAUGAUAACUUAUUGAUAAUGAUGAAGGACCAAUUUGCUAAUUAUGUGGUGCAGAAGGCUCUUGAAAUCUGUACAGACAGUCAACGAACGAUAUUGAUUAAUCGCAUAAGGGCUCAUACUCAUGCGUUGAAGAAAUACACUUAUGGGAAACACAUUGUUGCUCGAUUUGAGCAGCUAUUUGGAGAAGAAAAUCAAUCAGGAUCCUGAAGCUGAGAAGUAUCCCAAGAAUUUCCGUUCAGUGAAUCUGUGGUUUCUUAGGAUACUGGGUGGAAUGAGUAUCCCCCAGCAAUUGAAGAUCAUGACAUUGAUUACGGAGGCAUCCUAUUUAUGAUCGCUGCUGCUUGGCCAGGCUGCUUCAGUAUUUUCAAGUUGUCGUGUGCUUCAUAUGUAAAUAUAUGGUUAUUGUAAAGUAGUACUUAGGAUGAUUUGUUUGCAAUGCAACUAAUUGGAGUAAUUGAAAAAAUCCUUCCAUGUUAUAGCA